AUGUCCUCAUUUCCGUUUAAAGUCAAAGAGCAUGUAAUCCCCUGCCAGCAUAUUCGGGGCUAUCCUCGCACUACAGCUCACACGCAAGAAGAGGUGCAUCAUCUAAGUGUAAAGCAAUACAUCCCGCAUGACAACCAAGACGCUCGGAUUGGCGAUGUCACCAUUAUCGGAACUCAUGCCCAGGCGUUUCCUAAGUUCACCCAGGAGCUCUACGAGCCGCUUUGGGCCGAAAUACAUGGUCGUAUGAAGUCUGCAGGAAUAUCUAUUCGCAGCAUCUGGAUUGCAGAUGUCGCACACCAAGGAUACAGUGGCAUACUCAAUGAACACAAGUUGGGCAAUGAGCCUUGCGUUUUCGACCAUGGUAGAGAUCUGCUACACAUGGUCAACAUAUUUCGCGACCAAAUGAUACGCCCCAUUGUUGGCAUCGGCCAUAGCAUGGGUGGCACCGCCCUCGUUAGUCUCGCGCUCCUUCACCCGCGCCUCCUAGAGACACUUAUCCUCAUCGACCCUAUUAUUCACCGGCGCACCUUCGCAGCUGGUUACCGCACACCUGCGCUUGCCUCGGCCCGCCGCCGCGACGUGUGGCCAUCCCGUGCCGCCGCCGCUAAGCAUUUUCGCAAAAGCAAGUAUUACCAAAAAUGGGACGAGCGCGUUCUGGAGCGAUGGCUGCAAUACGGACUACGCAACCUGCCGACAGCAGCUCCACGCCAGAUUCAAGUACAAGGAGAUGAAGCCCACGUGACCCAUUCAGAUCAUUUCGCUGACGCCGUCACACUUACCACGACAAAACACCAAGACGUCUUCAGUUUCCUCCGGCCAACCUUCGACGCGCACGCCUACCCAGGUCUCAGCGCGCAGCUAGGUGGGCUAAACAGUGUGCCGCAUGUACAUUACACGCCUGAAGCAGCGCUACCAGACCACCCGUUCGAGCGCGCCGAGUCCGUCAUCGCGUUUCACAUGUUACCGUUUGUGCGGCCGUCGGUGCUGUAUGUGUUUGGCAGCGAGUCGCACUACACAGCCUGCGAGCCAACUGCUGACAAGGUGGGUACCACAGGCAUAGGCAUUGGCGGAAGCGGCGGUGCUGCUAUUGGUCGUGUGGCAGAGGUGACAGUCGAAAAUGUAGGCCACCUGAUACCGAUGGAGGCAGUUGAAAUAACAGCAGAGCUUAGUACCAAGUGGCUAGUUGAUGAAAUGGUGGCAUGGAGGGAGAAGGAAAUAAUUGAGCGCAGUGAGUGGGCAUAUAUUCCAGACGAGCAGAAGCGGACAGUUAGUGAUCAGUAUUUGGAGGCGCUACAAGGUGAGAAGAAGAUUGGUGUAGCUCCAGUCUCUAGGCUUUAA